AUGUCAGGAGAGACCAACAGGUCUUUUCUCGCAAAGGGCAUCAACGCUCAGGAUACGCAAGCCGAACUUCACCGCAAGGGCGAGUCGAACAGACGAGAAGUGAUGGGCUCCACAUUCGUCGAUCGCGCCCUAUCAUCCGCCUCGCCCUUUUCUUUGGCCAUUCAAGACUUUGCCACAACGCACGCUUGGGGUGCUGUCUGGGGUAGAGAAGGUUUAUCGCCUAGGGACAGGUCCUUGCUCAACAUUGCCAUGCUCACUGCGCUGGACAAGCAAAACGAGCUGGCUGGUCAUGUCAGAGGCGCUCUAAACAAUGGAUUGGGGGAGAAGGAGAUUCAAGAAGCUCUGAUUCAGGCGACCAUGUGAGUGGGGUACAUGGAAGAGCGCGUGGACUCUGCUUUGAAUGCUGCUUGCUAGUGGCCCGCCUCGUCGUGUGGGGUGCUCACACGGGCGCUGAAUCGACGCACUUAGCUAUUCUGGAAUGCCAGCUGGUAUGACUGCCUUUCGCACAGCCGUGAGUCGUCCAAGCUCGCUGCUUAGUCAGCCUGCGUAAAGGUCUGCCUAACUCUCUGAUUCAACGCGAUUUUGGAACAGGACGCCGUCCUCAAAUCUUGGCGCGAGGACCAUGGUCUCAAGCCAGACGAGGUCAUUCCCGCCGCACCUCAAGGCAGACAAGGGACAUGA